CAAUCUUGAGAAAGGAUAUUCUGCUCGAAGCUGCAAAGAACUUCAGAAAAAGUAUCAGGUUUAUGAUGAUGGCCUGUACUAUCUGAACUCCUCCAGAGGCGUCCUGUACCAGACCUUCUGUGAUAUGACCACUGCGGGCGGAGGCUGGACGCUGGUCGCCAGUGUUCAUGAGAACAACAUGUACGGAAAGUGCACUGUUGGUGAUCGCUGGUCUAGUCAGCAGGGCAGUGAACCAAAACGGCCGGAUGGUGAAGGGACAUGGGCAAACACAGUCAUAUUUGGAACUGUAGAUGCCUCUACAAGUGAUGAUUAUAAGAAUCCUGGAUACUUUGACAUCCCAGCACAAGAUGUGUCCGUGUGGCACGUUCCUAAUAAUAUGGAGGUGGAAUCCUGGAGCGCUUCCUCCAUCCUGCGACAUCACACCGAUAAUCACUUCUUAUCUCUCUACGGAGGAAACCUUUAUAAUUUAUUCAAGAAAUUCCCGGUGAAGUUUGGCAUAGGGACAUGCAUCACUGAUAAUGGACCUGUUAUUCCAAUAGUGUAUGAUAAAGAAAAUGCGGAUUACAACAAAAAUCUCUAUGGUCCCAAUGCAAGAACAAACUUUCAGCCUGGAUUCAUCUCAUUCAGAGUCUUUAAUCAUGAAAAGGCCGCCAUGGCUCUUUGUUCAGGUACCAAACCAACCGGCUGCAACACUGAACAUUUCUGUAUUGGUGGAGGUGGACACUUUCCUGAGGCGGCCCCGAGGCAGUGCGGGGACUUUCCGGGAUUCGACUGGGACGGCUACGGUACUAAUGCGGGAUGGAGCGCUUCUAAAGAGAUCACUGAAGCAGCCGUGCUUCUCUUUUAUCGCUGAAUCUA